AGUAAAAUAAAGAAAAAUUGUAUUGAACGAAGUAAAGUUUGCAGAAGAACUGGAGGAACCGCGUUGCAUGUAGCCGACGGAUGCAAGGCUGCUCUUCCUGAUGGAUCCCAUCGUGUUAGAGAGUAACGCGAGCGAACUCGGUGCAGAUCAGCAGCAGCAACAACAGCAGCAACCCCAUCAGCAACAACAGCAACAACAAUACGGCGAGGUGAACCAACUAGGGGGUGUGUUCGUGAAUGGCCGACCCUUGCCGAACGCGGUCAGGUUGCGAAUAGUGGAGCUUGCACAGCUGGGGAUCAGGCCGUGCGACAUCUCGCGGCAGCUGCGAGUCAGCCAUGGUUGUGUCAGCAAGAUUUUGGCCCGUUACCACGAGACAGGCAGCAUACUGCCCGGCGCUAUCGGGGGCAGCAAACCCCGGGUAACCACCCCCAAAGUUGUCCAGUAUAUCAAGCAAUUGAAGCUCAAGGAUCCGGGGAUCUUCGCUUGGGAGAUCAGGGAUCGGUUACUGUCCGAUGGAGUGUGCGACAAGUACAACGUCCCAUCGGUGAGCAGCAUCUCGAGGAUAUUGAGGAACAAAGUUGGCGCGGCGACCGCGAUCCAUCACCAUCCCCAUCAUCCGGCGCAUCAUCACCAUCAUCAUCAUUUAUACGCAGCUGCGGCCGCGGCCGGAGCCGCCCUUUGCCCCGUCCCCUAUCCACCGACGCCUUAUCACGCGACGCCGCCACCCGCUGUAACGCAUCAUCAUCAUCAUCAUCAUCAUCAAGUUGGGCCGACGACGCCUGGCAAGCUGUCGCCAUCGUCUCCGACCACGAUUCACGCCAGUAUCGGCCAUCAGACUGCCACUUCCGCCGGUUUACAGUGGCCGAGUCCUCACACGGUUCACGACAUUUUGGCCACCGGUUGCAACUUGACCAAUUCCCAAUCAUCCCCCUCGCCGACUUCUCCGCUGUGCGCGACCAUUAACAAUAAUCAUCACCACGGUCACCAUCAUCAUCAUCAUCAUCAUCAGAGCAACGACAACGCUGCCAGCAACAAUAACAACGAGGAGACCAGCGGCUACCAUCAUCCGCAUCACCAUCAUCACCAUCAUCAGCAGUAUUACGCGUCGGCUCUGUAUCAUCAUCAUCAUCAUCAUCAUUCGGACAGCGUGACGCCGGUGGCGACCACGUCACCGGUUCUCACCGUACAGUCGAUCAUGAUGCAAUCAUCAGCGACCAACAGUCAACCGGCUAGUCCUUGUAAUUGA